AACUCCUGCUAGGACCUUCUCUGUGAGCAGUCAAAUUAAUAGUGGAAAAUCUAUGACUACUAUACAUAGAAGUUCAAGCAAUGGAGGGGCUCACAGGUAAUAAUAAGCAGUCUAUUUUUAGCCUUUUAGGUAAUGUUUAUUUGAAAGGACAUAUUCUUCUUCUGAAAUCAGUGUAUCUUAGAAACCUAAUAAACAGCUGCUUCUUGUAGAACACUGGGCCUAGAACAUUUUGUACAGACAAACAGAUAAUGCCUCAUGUCAUAUCAAAGACUGGCUGACCAUUGCAAAGUCAAUAUGUUGCUGGUUUGGAUUCUCCUCCUCUCUUCUGCUUCCAUUCUGUUUCAGACCUGGAGGUGAUGAAGGAGCCAGUCUCAACAAACUGUGCCCAUAUCUUUUGCAGGUUCUGCACUUUGAAACUCCUUAGACAGAAGAAAGGUGUAACACAGUGUCCACUUUGCAAUGCCAAGGUCACCAAAAGAAGUCUAAGGGAAGAUGUCCGAUUUAAGCAAGUAAUCAAAGUGGUGCUGGAAGUCAUACAUGCUUUUGAGCGUGAUACAGGGCUCAAGUUUUCAGAUGAUCGGUGUUUCCCCAAGAGAGACACAGAAACCACUUCUACUGCAGAUCCAUGGAAGGAACAGCCAGUUGUUGACUGUAAAGGAUACAGGGACAGGCUGAAAAGAGAGAAGGAAGAAAAAAAGGGGAAUUUUACCUUGGGUGAGAGCUCUAACUUGCCAGUAUGCAGUGGAACUAACAAAAGAUAUUCCCUGAGAAGAAAAAGCAGUUCCAGUAAAGCUGUUGUCCUUGAAGUUGGAUCAGACUCAUCUGAAGAUGCCUAUAAGAAGACAGCUGCAGUCAAAUGUGUGGAUUUCAGAAAAAAAUCUCUGUCUCAUGAUGAUGAAAUAUAUGCUGAGAAUCAAAGCCCUUGUCAGGUGGACCUUCCUAGGCCAAGUGCUGAAGAUGAGGCAUUAAACAUUUUAGGUGCAUGCGGUUUCUUGGAAGAAAGACUGGGAAGCAUAGAAUGCACUCCAGCCAGGACUGAAAAUGUAGAAGUUGUUGCAGAGAAUGUUGCUGCGCAGAAGAGCCAGGGUUUGUCUUUUUCAGAUCCUGCCAUGAGACAGCAUGAUACAAAACCUGAAGCCGGUUCCAGACAGCAGGAUGGACUUUGCUCUUCACUCAGGAAGAGCAAGGCAAUUGGGGAAGCCAGAGAUCCCACUACAAAUGAGCAGGCAGGUGAUGGUACAGAAUGGGCUGGUGUUGUGCUGCCUGCUGGACACACACCAACACUCUGUGAAGAUGAGGAGCACCUGCUACAAUCCCAGACUCCAGCUAACAGUCCUUUGAAUCAGGUCACUGGGAAGAGACUGAUGCGGAGUAUCCGGAAGGUCAAUGAAUGGCUUUCAAAAAGCAAUGAGGUCCUUUCUCCUAGCUCCAUGCAGGACAUUCAGACUGAAGAGGUGGAUCAGGAUCUGAACUCUUGUGUGAUGGAUUCAGACUUCUGUGUCUCUCAAAAGACUGGACAGAUUGAAGACCAGGGAAAGUUUACAACGUGGCAUGAAAGUGACUGGCCAUUAGCCAAACCAGUUACCUCUAGGAUUGAAGAUAAAAUAUUUGGGAGAACUUACAGCAGGGAACGCAAGUCAACCUCACUUCAGAAUGAAAGAGACACAAUCCAUAUACAAGCAGAGGAAUGCAUUGCUGUCAACACAAAAUCCCGUGAGACACCUAGAAAAACAACCUUAACACGAAAGAGGAAGGCCACAUCAGAGCUGACACCUGAUGAUUUCAUCAGAAGACAGGAUGUGAAAGAAUGUCGGAAGAGACCUGUCAUGGAUGAUGGUGCUCCUUUGGAAGAAUGUGAGCAAACCUUUGCUCUUGUUGAUGACAAGCCUGUUGAACACCAAAGAGAUGCUAAGUUGCCUGAAGAACCUUCUAUCAAGGAAGCAGUGUCCAAUUUGGAAGGAAUUGAAAGUGGACAAGCUCUGAACAUCUGCCAUAAGUUGCCAGAGUCAAGCCUGAAAAAUUCGAAGAAGAGACCAAACUCAUUGAGUAGGAGAAGUAGACAAUCAAUGAGGCCACUUGGUCAGUUGCAAUUUGUGGUAGAUGGAAACUCCAGGUCUCCUGAACAGUCAAAAAUAGAGACAGAGGAUGAGGAGGCAAAAGAAGCAGACACAGGCCAGAAACAGAUCAGGCGGAGUAGGAGGCUUCAAUUACUCACAGAAGGAGCCUCGAGUGGGACCACGGAAUCUCAGCUGCAACCAGAAGGAGCUUGGAAGCAAAGUGAGCCAGCAAAGCGAGAAAAGGAAAAUGCGAAUGAAAGAGAAAAGAAACAAAGGUGGUCUCAAGCAGGAAAUAUGCCACCUCACUCUGUAACAGAAAAUGACCCCAGUGCAUCGCAGAAAGUUUUGUCAUGGUUAGACACCAGCCAGAUGAACAUGGAACUUGAUGCAAGUAAGGUUUGUGCUAACCCUUCAACAUCUCCUUGUGCGACAGGAGUUGUAAAAAGUCUGAAUGUUGAAGAAACUAAAGAGGGCCAUAGUCCUUGUUUCAUUGUUCCCACAGCAAGCUCCCAAGACAGCUGUUCACUCCUGCAGUUCCCGCCUACAAAAGUGAAGCAAAUCACUUCUGACGAGGGCAAGAAGCUCAUAGCAGAUCAACCUGAGAAGAGUAUAUUAUGUAGUCAGAUGCAAGAGGGCAAUGAUUCUUGCACAGGGGUUGCCACAGAAAGCUGCAAUCAUGCUGAUGAUAAAGCUGCAGAGACCAUGGAGUUGAACCCAGAAACUGAUGACAGCGAACUAGAUGCAGACUUUGUACAGAACAUAUUCAGCUGUUGCAAACGCCAGUCAUUCUUACUUCAUCCAGGUCCAGUGAAGGAGUCUGCUCCUGAAAUUCAAAGGGAACUCAAAGCUGGCACAGUAGAAGAUAGCAGGGUUGAAUAUUUGGAGAAAUUGACUCUAUAUGAGGAAAGAAGAGACGCUGUUGCCUGUGUGGCAGACAAAGGCAUCACUGUCCAAAGACUGGCAACCUCUGUCUCCGGUUUCCCAGAGCUUGAGAAUAAAACUGAGCACCUCCAGCUUGCUUUGCAGGCUCCCUUGCCAGAUCAUCUACCCAUGCCAGUGCAGUCAGGUGCCAGAAAUGGAGAGGGCGGAAAUCAGCUUCAAAGUCAAAAACCCACAACUGAAAAAAGUGCAUCUCCAGAAAUGGAAGAAAACACAAAUCCCAGUGGCAAUAAUAGACGUUUGAGUGGAAAUGGUAGAAAUCCAAGUGUUUCGAGAAAUGGCAACCUCCAAAGCUGCAGUUUAAGCCUGGUUAAUGAGACACGUUCCAGCAUAGGCCACUUUCAAGAAGAAGAAUCCGCAGGUGCUGAAAACAAAGGGCUGACAUUAAGCGCUCAACCAGAAUCAAUGCAGGCAUGUCCUGUAGUUUGUCAGCCACCACUUCCUCAAUUCAGCCAUGUUGGGAAAAAAUGGAUGGAACAAAAGCAAUUGAACAGUGACAUAGAGGAAUCAACUGAUAUUUCCAGUAUAGGUGUUCCUAAGUGCCUGAUUCCCAGAGAGAGGAUGGAACAAUACACUGAGGAGGCGUCCCAUGCCUUUGAACUCUCAUCGGAGACACCGGAAGGCUUGCUGGACCCAGCUAUCCAAAGCAAAGAAGACCCACCUAGUCCUUUGGAAACAGAGAGGGAAGACAUCUCAAUUGUACCUACUAAAAUGGACAAGCAAUCUCUUGUUGGGAAAGAUCUGGACAUCAAUGACAGAAGCAGUUCCAUGUUGAAGAGGAAACGUUUUGUUUUGGCACACCGAAGACCAGUGCGGAAACUGCCAUCUUCAGAAGAGGAUGAUUCCAGUGAGGAGGAACAGCUGCCAUGUUUUCAGGCACUGUUAUUUGACAAAUCAUCACACUUAUUGGGGGAAAAAGAGACAUCAGCAGAGAUGCUGGCACUGAAGAGUGGCAGCAGAAGUAACCUCAAACCCCAGGAUGAUGAUGUCUCUCCAAGCCAGGAGUCAGAGUGCUCUGUGAACCUGUUUUCCUCCCAGUCACAUGCAUCUGGGGACUCUUGCAGUAAGGCCUGUGACACAAAGCAUUUAACCCCAGUUUGUAGUUCUAUAGAAAAGCUUGCAAGUCUCUGUGAGAAUAAAAAACAUACUCAAGCCAGCAGUGACACUCCCAGAGAAGCUGUGCAACCAAAAGAUGGACAACCCAGAUGUGUGAAUUCAGAAUCCAAUUUAGGUGAAGAAUGCAUGGGCUAUGACAGUGAAGCUAGCCACCUGGGAGAUUCAUCAGGCCUAUCCUCCCAGGGUGAGAUCCUCACCACACAGCAAUCUGAAGAAAGGUUUCAAGCCAGACACAUGAAACAGCAAAGAUAUGCCAUGCAAAAUGACUUAAAGAAACUCCAGCAGGAGAUGGUUAUCAUUGAGGCAGCUCUCAAACAGGGAAGCCAGCAUGAUGCUCCUGAAGAAUUGCUGCAACUAGAUAAGGAAGAUGAUUUCACUGGAGAACAGAAGAGAUCAUUGAAAGAAAGCACAGUGAAGGUGACUUCUGAAGACAAACAAAAUGUUCUAGGUGAUUCUUUCUCCAUUGUCAAAAGCACACAUGGAACACUAGGCAGUCAUUCCAUCCCUUCCUCAAAGCAUGAAGAGGACAUUUCCAGUAAGACAACAAAAGCAUCUCCUGGUGCCACACCAGGCACAUUCAGAAGACCACUUACACCAAGACAUGAGGCACAGAGAAGGUUAAUCUCUCCCCUGACACCUACAGCACACAAUUGCUCCGAAAAAGAGAACUCAAAGGGCCCAUUCCUGAGCAGCAAGAGGAAUAUGUCUCUGGUGGCAUCAGGUCUGAACCAAGGCGAGUUGCGACUAGUGCAGCGGUUUGCCAGGAAAACUGAGAGCACUUGGUCAAAUAAAAUUGUUGAAGAAACAACCCAUGUAGUAAUGAAAACCGAUGAGGAUCGGGUUUGUGAACGAACCCUGAAGUACUUCUUGGGUAUUGCUGCACAGAAAUGGGUGGUAAGCUACCAAUGGAUUGAACAUUCACUCAAAGCAGGAAGAGUCCUUAAUGAGGAGGACUUUGAAGUCAAAGGAGAUGUAAUCAAUGGCAGAAGCCAUCAAGGACCCAAAAGAGCAAGGGAAUCUCCUGCUGGAACGCUUUUCAAAGGCCUCGAAAUAUGCUGUUAUGGACCAUUCACUGACAUGCUUCCAGAACAACUGGAGUGGAUGGUAGAGCUGUGUGGCGCCUCUCUUGUGAAACAACCUCAUUUAUUUGCCCAUGCAACAAACUCUUCUGCUGUGGUGAUUGUUCAGCCUGAUGCUUGGAUAGAAGAUGCUGCCUGCCAAGGGCUCCCACCGCAGUGCAGUGCUACUGUAGUUUUACGUGAGUGGGUGCUGGACAGCAUUGCUUGCUACCAACGCCAGCCAUUCGAUGAAUAUAUUGUGCAGCCAAUGUGAUGGGAUGACCCUUUGGGAAAUAUUCAGGAAUACAAGAUCUCGAGAAUUGGAGUUCUGUGGCACUUUUUAUGAAACACUUACUUACAGAGAGUGUAGCUUUGUUUGCAAGAUGUAUAUUUCAGUAGACACAAGAAAGCCCUGUCUCUCUGCCAAAGGCAGAACUUAAAACUGUAAAAUUUCUGCCUUUCCCCCAGUUCUUGCAAUGAACCAAGAAUUAGCGUGGUCCUCUGUUCUUAUAUUGAAGCAUUAUUUACUGUCCAACCACCAUCUUGUUUGUAAAACAUUUUUCUUUCUUCACAAUAUCUUUUAGAUGUGAUCAUUUGUUUGUUAUAAGGAGCUCAAAGCUUCAGUUAAUUCAGCCAGAUAACCAUAGUUUAUGGAGGGAAUGUUCACAUAUAAAGAUGCACUUAUGCUGGC